GUAGAAGUAUCCGAUGUAGUGUACGUGCUGUAGUGUGUCGUGGGUGUUGCUUGUUUGACACGUUUCAACAAGACGACUUCUGGCGGUCAACAUCCAUCCACGGCCUUCGAUGUCACCUGACCCACUGAGCACCUGGGGGAUCACCUCGGCCAACCCCAACCAGAAACCUGUCUUGCUGCAAGAGGGGGCUGCAGUGACUCAAGACAUUAUUCAGAGACAAAUCUGCUCAGUUGGACUGCAAAACCAAUCUUUUCAUGCAUUGGCAGAGAUGACUCCAGGUCUUGGUUCGCUCUCUCCGUUUGUCUGUUCAGUUGUGGAUGAUAACCUGACGUUGGACUAGACGAAGCCCCCUGAGUCUUUAGGAAGGCCUGCCAAACCUUGCGGUCCUCGAUGAUCAGAGACCACGGUAACAGAAUGCUGUGGAGCCGGAACACGUGGACGACCAUGAGGUUGGCAUUCUGGAGGGCAGACGGAAGUUUAUCCAUGGGGGCGAAGUGAGCCAUCUUAGAAAAUCUGUCGACGAUAGUCGUACUUGCGGAUGGAGGUAAGUCGGUGACGAAGUCAACAGCAUUGUGGGACCAUGGGAAGAAGCAGCAGUUCAGGACCAGCGGGAGGACGGUGGGAGGACUUGGAUCUCCAACACGGCCCUCUCCACGUCCCAACAGGCCGCUCUGAUGGUGCAGGAGCUGGGGAGGAUAGUGUCAGGCGUCUCUCCUGUAGAGGGGUGCUCAUGAAGCCGUGAGAGAGCAUCAGGUUUCAUGCUGCGACUCCCUCUUCUGUAAGUUACCGCAAAUCAGAAUCUUCCAAGGAACAGGGCCCACUGGCCCUCUGGAGGUAAGUGAGGUUUUUAUGUGGGGGAGCACCAUGAAAGGACCCUCUGCCCCUGCCACUGCCCCUGCUCAUCUGUCCGGUUCGUCGUCAAUCCUUCUGGUCAUUUCUCAGCCAAUUGUGAAGGUAAGCUGUCAUGUGGGGAAAUGUUUUGGUUGAAACCAGCAAAGGUGGGGACUACUUUCAUUCAGAUUAACGCUUAAGCUAUUGUGCUAAAAAUGUGUUAAAGGGUCCCGGUUGUGUUUUUUUGUAUUCAAAUCUCACAUACAGUAAUCAUAUGUAAAAUUUCGAAAGUGGCAGCGAUCCUCAAAAGUGGUCUGAGAAUUACGUCUCACUCUGGGGGUCGUGUUGGUCGUGGGAUCUACUUUGCAUCUGAAUUCACAUCAUUGGCAGCUUAUGGGGCGUCAGCAGGCCACUCUCCAAAUAAUACCUGCAUGAUGUUUCUGUGUGGGGUCGCCCUAGGUAGAGAAUACACCAUCACCGAACCUGACUUUACCUUCAAUCAGGCGCCUCCCCAUUACGACAGCGUGGUGGCACGAGGACGACAGGAGCCAGGUGCUAUGAACUUCUUUACUAUUUCUUUUGGUUAGUGUGCUUGAUUUGUCCUGGGCCUCCGUAUCAGCUGGAGCGGUAAUAUGCACUUUCCGGUGACAACUCUUGAUGUCUGACACGUUUACCAUUUUCAUUUACAAAAAGACGUGUAUUGAACACACAGAUAAUAAAGUAUAUGAUAUUAAAGCAAGUACAUUAGCUACCUCCUUAGCCACAGCGUGUGUUUUGAAAGCUUUUGAUGAACAUAAACAUAAAUCAUGUGCUCGCCUGCAGUUUAAAGUGAAAAUGCUUUGCUGUUUGUGCAUUCAAUGUAAAACUUGCUGUUAAUAGUUUUGCAAAAUGACAUCUGAAAAGUGACAUCACUGGGAUGCAGCAAACAGUGAACAAACUUCUGAAUGUUUCAUUUGCGUUGUUGUGUAUGUAUUAGUAUUAAACAUAACAGAUGAAAGAAAAUUGCAGCUUAAGCUUAGGCUCAGCCAUUUGUUUUGGAUGGUUAGGUUUAGGAGGUCACCGCAAAGAUAGCGAAACAAACGCGCGUGUGAGACAUCACAGCCAACAGUGAUGACCGAUAAGCAAAUACAGUUUACCGGUAGUUCAGGUCAUAACAUCAUGAAUCAUAAUUCAUGAUCAUGGAUCUAAUGAUGAUCGAAGUCAUGACUGAAAACUGAGUCAAAUACAUUCAUACGUCUUAGUUUCUCUGUUACUACUACUAUUGAGAAAUUCAUGCAAUAAAAAUAUGUUCACAAUCACGAUCAUGAUCUGCCUUUCACACAGCGCCCUCUGUCUCGAGACAAAGAGCGUUUGGCUCCGUGAACACAAGCCAGUCGGGUUUUGGCCACGGACAUGAUCCCGGCUGCAGAGCUGCACCUUGUCUCGGGAAACGCUCCACGGGGGAUGAGCUUCUGGCCUCAGGCGACUUGGUGCGAGACACCAGAAACUCAACACAAACAUGAUAGAUUUAAAGGGUAUGAUCGCGGUCUGGGCAGACAACAUUGUUCAAAAACAACUUUGCAAACUCCCUGAACACUGAGAUGUGCAGCCCGGAGCUGCAGGAGAGAGGCCUCGCGAUAUGUGCGGGUGUUUUUACCUUUAUUAGACUGAUAAACACCUGAUUGUAUUGACAGAGAGAUUUGCUUAGAUGAAUCAUGCUGCGCUCUACAGUAACUGUUUUCACUGCUGUGGUCUCACAACUGUCUGCAUGAGGACAGUGAAGAGGAAAGACGCUGGUUUUCCCCAAGUUACUGAAGAUCACCAGACUAUUCAUUGAUCAGUUCUGACGUUGGACUUCACUCACCAAAAUCUUCUCGAUCAUCAGUAUUCUCUCUCACUGUGUUAACCCGUGGUUCCCAUAACAGAAAAGGUUCCUAUGUACAAAAGCAGCUAUUGUAGAAGUAAGCUUUCAUAAAGCUGCUUACACAAGCCACUGGAGACUAGUGAAUUGGAUGGAAUUGGGUCAGUCAGACUGAGUUUGCAAAGGCCACGUUUUAAAUGUAGCGUCAUGGAAAUGUCACUUCAGAUCCGGCUCAGGACGUCUCCAUCACGCUGGACAAUAAGGAUGUCGUGGUUAUUUGUUAACCUUCUCUAACCAAAAAUCAAAGACCUGCAUUUAGUCUCCGACACCUCCUCCACUCCAACACCAUGGUUGACUGUUCAUCUAUUAAAUGAGAAACAAGAACAACAGCAUGCCUUUGCAAAUAUCUCAUCACCUUGACAUAUUCCUCUUUGAAAGUUUUGGCUAGAUUUGUGUGGUUGCAAUACACGUGUCAGGGUCCUGGCUCAGAGCAGCGCUGCAGACGUGUUGUCAUCUGGUCGCGUAAAGCAUCCAGUGAAAAUCUUAGCUGGCUUUGCCUCACAAUCUUCUCAACCUUGUCAAAUAUAUAAGCCCAUACAGUGUAGUACAGUGAUGGACAUGCCGUCCUGCACGGCAGCAACAGGUGGUCACUAGGACCCAGGAGGGACGGAGCUCUGGAUGAGACAGUGUCCGUCUGUUUUGAAGAAGACAAUCAGAGGCAACACAAUGUGUGACAGUCACGGACGCACACGGCACGAGACACAGAUGACAGUGUUGGCAGAGGAGCGCGGCGAGGAAGGACGCGGCUUCUGCACUCAGUGAGAAACACCAGUUUUUUAAAAAAAGACAGCCUCGGCUGGAGAAAGGCAUCAGGAGUUCCUCAUGGAUCUGGACUUGAGUCACUGAUUUUUUUUUCACUUCUGUUUUCUAAAUAUGACGGACUCUACUGGAAACUGUCUCAAAACUUCACAAGCUGAUGAAAACUGUUGGAUAUGAAGUUGGCCACAAGUGAGGAUCCUUGGCUGCCCAGAAAUGACGGCUUCUGACAAUGGCUGAGGAGUUUGGCCCCAUGAUUUCACCGGUGCCAAAUCUCACCUCCGUCCCGCCGACUGUCCCUGCGGACGUGGGUGUGGUCACCAGCUCCCAGUCCCAACUCAAAGAUCUCGUGGGGUUGUUCUGCAUGGUGACCCUGAACCUCAUCGCGUUGUUGGCCAACGCGGGCGUGAUGGUGGCCAUCGCUCGCGCACCUCACAUGAAGAGGUUUGCCUUUGUCUGCCACCUCUGCGCCGUGGACCUGCUGUGCGCCAUCCUCCUCAUGCCGCUGGGGAUCAUCUCCAGCUCUCCGUUCUUCGGGACCGUGGCGUUUACGGUUCUGGAGUGCCAGGUUUACAUUUUCGUGAAUGUUUUCCUCAUCUGCCUGUCCAUCCUGACCAUCACAGCCAUCAGCGUGGAGCGAUACUUUUACAUCGUGCAUCCCAUGAGGUAUGAAGUCCGGAUGACCAUCAACCUGGCCAUCGGGGCGAUGGUCCUGAUUUGGUUGAAGUCGCUCCUCUUGGCUCUGGUCACGCUGUUUGGCUGGCCGGCGUAUGGUCCUCAGAGCUCCAUCGCUGCGAGUCACUGCUCCCUCCACGCCAGUCACAGCCGCCUCAGGAGAGAGUUUGCCGUGCUCUUCAGCGUGGUGUGUUUCCUGGUUCCUGCAGGGGUCAUAUUUGCCGUCUACUGUGCCGUGUACAGGGUGGCUCGCUCCGCAGCCCUGCAGCAGGUCCCUGCUGUGCAGGCCUCAGCUAAGGACCGCAGUGACUCUGUGCAAAGCAACACUAGCCAAACAGUUCCACAAAGACUGUCCCCUGAAAGGACCUUUGGCGGGGGCAAGGCAGCGCUCACCCUGGUCUUCAUCGUCGGCCAGUUCAUGGUGUGUUGGUUGCCCUACUUCGUCUUCCAUCUGCAAAUGUCUCUGACUGGCUCCAUGCAGAGCCCCGGGGAUUUGGAGGAGGCAGUGAACUGGUUGGCCUUUUCCUCUUUCGCAGUCAACCCCUUCUUCUACGGCCUGCUGAACCGACAGAUUCGAGAUGAGCUCGUGAAGUUCCGCCGCUGCUGCGUGACUCAGCCGCUGGAGAUUGGGGCGUCCAGCCAUGAGGGUUCCCUGCAGGAGAACUUCCUACAGUUCAUCCAGAGAACCACCGGCUCCAGCCCCAGGAACACUCUGGACCACCGAGCUAAGAUCCCGGGCCAAAUAUCCGAGGAACACGACCUGAGGUGUAGCUGAGACCUCCUCACCCAAGAUCGAGUCAAGACUAGGGACCAGGAUCAGAUCAUUUCAAGAUCGGGAGUUUGAGGACUGGAGGCUGAGUCAAGGCCCAACAGGGACGAAACCAAACCUAUUUGUCAGACAGAACACCACUGAAAUAAGUCAACUCAGUGCCGACCCACAUUAUUAAUACUUUCCAUUUUCAUUUAGUGUAGAAUGUUUGUCUUUUUCAACUUCAGUUUUAAAGUGGAUUGGCUUGUUUUAAUAUGUUUCAGUUUUGUUUUUGUCAUUUUUUCCUUCCAUAUGGGUUGUUGGAACCAGAUUGAAAUAGGUCACAAAAAUAGUGCUAAAGAAAUAAGAACUCAACAAACUUGCCCACCGUCGCGUUAGGCAGCGUUGUAAGGUCAGUUUGUCAACUCAGCCACGCCAAAAUCAAUAGAUUCUAAAUCAUCUCAAAAUGCUUCUCUGUGAAGAAAAUAAAGACGAAAACUUGGUUUUUACCUUGUUUUGAUUAGUUUUGUAAACAGACAAUGCAGUUCCAGUUAGUUAUCGUUGAAAAGAAUAACCUUGGUUCCAACCCCCAACAGUGUGAAAUACAGAUAUCUGUUUGAGAUUUACUCUUGGAAUUAAACAAGGUUCAGUACAUGGGGUACGAAGGUAAGCAUUCAGCUGAUGGGUUUUCAGAAACACAAUACGCACUACUUAGAUGGCUCUCACGCACUGCAGCAUCAGUCUGUGGUAACAAGUGUUGAAUUCAUUCUCGUAUUUUGGAUCACAAGGUCACAAAGGUGCAAUACCCCAGAAAACCUUUGUGAUAUUUCACUUGUCUCUGUGGAAUAUCAUUUUUAUUGCAUUCAAAAUUCAGUCACGUGAUCUAGAAUACAGCGCAGUCACUUAUAUUUAUGUUUAAAAGUGCAGUUGUCAUCAAUAAAUUGUAACAAUGUAUCAGAACGUUUUGGGUUUUUUUUACAUAAAAAAAAACGUGACCUACAUUUAUUAAAAUUCCUGACCAUAUUUACUCAGAGGUAUAAACCUUUGGCUGCGACCAUUGUGGGACUUGCUGUAUGAGAGGUGGGAGGGACGUUUCAUCUGUCAUCAUGCGUUUAUCUGGUCUGCGGCAGGUUAGACAGAGUCGCUGGUGACAUGUCAGUGAGUGAUCCCGCCUGCGUCUCAUGUGCAGCUCACAGGCUGAAUGCCCUGCUCGUCGGUCACCUUGGAUAUUGAUUGAGCCUGUGAGUCACAUAGCAACAAGGGCUACUUAACUGGCCUUGACUCAGACAGCCUGGUCCGAUAAUGUGUGAGAUGAAUACACAGCAAGAGUGUUUGUAACACGAU